AUGGACUGGAUAAAGUAUCCUCUUUUAGCGGUAAUUUUAUCUAUUAUUGCUUGGGUUUAUUAUCACCAAGAAACACAGUUAAAAGAGUACAAAUUGCUACUCAAUACAGCAUUAGAAAAAACAACGUCUUUAGAUCGAAAGGUAAAGGAAUUAAGUGGAACCGUUUUGACAAGCGAGGAGAACAUUGCCACAAUCAGGAAAAAGAUUGAGAAGACCAACAUUGCCAUGGAGGAAAUCAAAUCCAGAAAGACAAAAGCAUUGUCUUCACCCGAGUCAAACAUAACUAAUUUAAAUCGUGAAUUUAGAGAAAUGGAGGGCUCUGUAGCAUCAAUCCAGGAGAAUAUGGAAUCCCUGCAGGAACAGAUUAUUGACUUGGAAUCGCUGGUUUCCUCCGUUGAUGCAAAAUGUGAAUUAACAAGACGAGAGGUUGAAGCCGUAAUACCGGCUAUGACUGGAAAGAUCAAUCUAUUGAUGCAAAAGGAUCGAAACUUGCGCGCAGAUUUCAACGGUUCCAUGCUAUUUCAAAGUCUCUCGCUACACAGGGAUUUGUACAUAUCUAAGGACGAAAAAGUUCUUAGCAAUUAUUACUUCCCGUUAGCAAAGUCUGGUCCAGGGAUUUUCCCACUCAUUUUCUACAGAGGGGUUAUGGGCAACUCAAAAAUAUCGCUACUUGAUGAUGUAAAGUUCAAAUUCAUGGUAUGGUUUCACAUAAAGAAAACACUGGUGGAUCACAUGAUAAUUUUUGACUUUUCUCUCUGUUCAAAACACGAUUUUGAUAAAAUGUUUUAUGGUCACGACUGUUACGGUGUGCAUGGAAGGAAAUAUAAUGACAUGAUAGUUCUAAAAUUUGUUACGAAAUCUCGCCUUUAUGAAACAGAGUUUGAGCAUUAUCCAUUUUCAACAGCACAAGCUGGGACUAUUUAUUCAAUGGCGUUCGAAAUACACAUCAAUGCUUUGAAGGGAAUUGUUACUUUUAGUGAGUACUUUAGUGGACGACUGAUCUAUGCUAUGGAUUCUGUGGACUUUCUCACCCCUUUGUAUCCUAUGUUUGGAUUGUACAACAAAGAUCAAGUGCAUGUACAAUUAAUCAUGAUUUAA